AUGGAGCGCUACGGCCCCGAUGAUUUUGGCGAUCACCCUUUGCAUUCACUCAUUGGAUCAUCUGGCACGUAUACCGGGCAAAAAGGUUUCUCGAGCCCUGUUCAUGUCGAGCUUGACAACGAAGAGCAAGAUACUGAGGAUCAAUGCUCAGAUAUUGGUGCUGCUCGACCCCGGCAUCAUCUCACCAUUCCGAUGCGAACCUUUCGGCACCACGACGUUGGUACAUCCGAGAGCUCUCGUAAUCUGUUGUCUGGCCUCAACUACAGCAUUGAUACACCUGAUACGGCGAACAGCGGCCUGCAUACGGCGGAGACUCAUAGUAUUUCGAACCCAAAAGUAAAGUCGACUUUCAUCCAAAGACUACCUUGGCUGGUUGUCCUAUCCUUCUUGGGUAGCUUGACGUGUACCGCUUUGUCCGUCUAUAUUCUGGUUGCAUCGGAUCAGAUGCCUCAGGACGCUUGGUCCGUUCAGCCAUCGGUCUAUCUCGCCGUGCUCGCUCCUCUUGGUAAUCUUUCACUUCGAUAUUGCCUCUCGCAGGGACUGAUCAACGAUUGGUGGAACCUUGCAAGCCGCAAGACAACACUCGAAGCACUUCACAAUCACUGGGACCACGGUACAAGUAUCGUGUCUGCUGCAACUUCUUUCAGCACGUUCGACAAGAUUUCUGCCGCAAAGAUUCUCAUCGCCGCUACGUUUGCAGUCAAUCCAUUGCUGCAACGCGCGUCUCGACCAUACAAUAUGCUCGCGGUCGCGAACGUGACCGUGCCUUUUCAGCUAGGAAGUAUUGAAUCUUCGUUUCAGUACUUGAAUUUCGGACCGAGCACAUUCUACAGCGAUGCACUCUCACCACCUAUGGUCGAAAUUAUGCGAAACUACACCAAUCGGACUCCCAUCACCAAUCAAUUGGGAGGAUGUCCUGGAAAUUGUACAGGCACAGUAAGAGCUCCUGGGUUCACCUCAAACUGCUCCAGGGAUCAGGAGAACUAUGUAAUCAGACAGCCAAUGCUCGUUCCGGACAAAGUUGUGUUCCAGACAAGUACCGCCUACAACAUGUUGAGCAACGACUCAGAAAUACUCAAUGAGGCCAAUCCCUACCGCUUGAGCCUUCAAGCCUUCUAUGCGUGGACGAAACUCAAAGACGACGACGAUGACGCUCAGCUUAAUGCAUCCAAGCGAAGUUGCCAUGGUGUCUCAACUUCGGUUAUGUGCGUUAUGGCUCCCGUUGUCAUAGAUUACCCGGUUGUGCUUAGCGAUAACAUAACCUCUGUUGCCACACGCCCUUCCCAAGUCAAUGUUGUCCAUACUGAUGUUGAUUCCUACGAUACGAAUAAUCCCCGUCUGGUGCAUGGACUGCUCGGACUGUUCAAAGCUGUCAACAAUAUAGUACAAUCAAAUGUGACCAUGUCAAGUUCCGGAGGGGAACUCCAGUACUCUGGUCAGGGUUCAUUCUCAUAUUUUUACACGACUCAUACGCUGGAUGGGGAUCAGUUCACCUGUGAGGUAAGCGCUGCAGAUCCCACCGACGACAUGCUUGCUAUCUUCAAUGAGGUCAUGUUUCGGACCUCACUGGCAGCUGCGGGUAACUCCUCAAAUAUUUCCCUCGUAACAAACUAUACUAUGAAUGCCACUGAGCUGGUCAUUGUGUACGACUCUCGGUACAAGUAUCUGGUCGCUGCUACCAUCAUCUCCCUGCUGGCAUGCUGCUCUGUACUACCUACAUUUGAUGGCUAUUGGAGGCUGGAUCGACCGUAUUCGUUGAGUCCUAUCGAGAUUGCGAAAGCAUUCGAUGCUCCUUUGCUGCGUUCAUCGGGGAAGGGUACCUCGGAUCUGCCUGUGGAUAAGCUGGUCAAGCAUGUGGGAACUACUCAGGCGCAAUAUGUUGCUAUAACGGACACAGACGGAGAAGAUAUCAAGCUGCGUGAGAGGAAGUUUGCCAUCCCUGGAGAGGCGUGA